UAAAGACUAGACCUCUAAUUUUUUUAUACAUACAAAAUUGAAUUUCUUACUUCAAAUUUCAAAUACAUCUUCCCUGAAUUAUUACUCCACCUAUCCAUUUGCCUUCCUCAUUAGUUGACUUUCUAAAUAAUCUAUUGCCUCCCCUAAAUAACCCUUAAUUAAUACUUCAUUUUUCUCCUCAACCUAAUAACACCCCUUUUUUCCUUCCAUGGCUACAUGUUUAAAGUUGUACAUAGUAGUCCUUCCCUUAAUUUCUCCUACAAAAAUCGACACAAAAAGCCUUUUUUGAUCCAUCACUACUACAAAAAAACCCGAAAGAGAACCUAAAUGAACACGGCCGGUGCUAGUCCAAGCAACACAAGGGAUGCAGCCUCAACUAACACAGAUUUCCCUGGAAGAGAAGACACCGUAGGCGGGUUCACCUACGGCUUAGGGGUGUCAAUAGGUAUUCUUGUACUAAUAACAACUAUUACCCUGGCUUCUUACUUUUGCACCCGUGAUGAAGGAACCACCACGGGUGCAAAUCAAUCAGAAGAAGAAGAACAACGACGACAACAACAAAGACGAAAUGAUCAAUGUGUGAUCGAUGUAGAAGGGAUCGACGAAAAUACACUCAAGACAUACCCAAAGUGCUUGUACUCACAACUAGAGAGUAACAAGAAAAAUGGUUCAACAGUGAGUUGUUGUUCAAUAUGUUUAGCAGAUUAUAAAGGGAAAGAUGUGUUGAGAUUAUUGCCAGAAUGUGGGCAUGUAUUUCAUCUAAAAUGUGUUGAUCCUUGGCUUAGAGUUCAUCCUACUUGUCCUGUUUGUAGGACUUCUCCUUUGCCUACCCCUCAGUCAACGCCUCUUGCCGAGGUUGCUCCUCUUGCUGCGUCGAGAAUCGGAUAAAUUUUUACUUUUUUCUGCGCGAAUGAGCCACAAAGACAAUACAGAGUACAAAUUAUAGAUGGAGGUCGAGGAAUUGAACCCGCGACCUAAGUAGGCCAAGACCUCGACGGUAAAUUAAAUUUAGAUUUUUUUUUUUUCUAAAAUCUGUCUUUAAUUUUUUGUUGUUGUUUAUAUAUAUACUCCAUAAUUUAUAAGCCAUGAUUUUCUGGAUUCUGACAAAUUACAGAGCAAAGAAAUUAGAAAAGUUAAUGUAGGAUGGUUUAAUCUGCAAUUUGAGCAUAGUUGACUUUUCUUUUUCU